GACGACUUCCAUCCCCUCACUAACCCACAGACCAGCCAAAAUGUCGACGUCUGGAAAGGUCAAGGCCGCCCAGCUUUGGGGCAAGAACAAGGACGAGUUGCAGAAGCAGCUCGAUGAGCUCAAGCAGGAGUUGGUGCAAUUGAGGACACAGAAGAUUGCUGGCGGCGCCCAGUCGAAGCUGAACAAGAUCCACGACGUCCGCAAGUCGAUCGCCCGCGUCCUCACCAUCAUCAACGCGAACCAGCGCUCCCAGCUUCGCCUGUUCUACAAGAACAAGAAGUACAUGCCCCUCGACCUCCGCCCCAAGCAGACCCGUGCUAUUCGCCGCCGGUUAUCCCCAGCAGAGGCCAAGCUUGUCACCGAGAAGCAAAAGAAGAGGCAGAGGCAUUUCCCGCAGAGGAACUUCGCCGUCAAGGCCAUCGCAUGAACAACGACCUUCGACAGCGAGAUUUCUUUGAACGGCGAAUGUACUUGAGCGCGUGAAUUCAUUCCCAAAUCAUGGCGAAACGGACGGUGGGACAAAGGUGGCUUGCAAUGGUAGGAGGACUACGCAGAUGCUAGACGACUGAGAUGUCUCUGAAAAUACCUCCAAAAAUUCACAUCGCGUUUGAGCGACAAC